UUAGUCAUUCCGCCUCCAGCAGAUCGACAACCGACCGUUGCACCAACCAUACACACACUCUAGCGCCUUAGGGAGAACUGGGCGUCGCCCCAGAUGGCAUCGACGUAUGAUGUCGGCACGAGAGCUUGGCAGCCUGAUGCUGCUGAAGGCUGGGUAGCGUCUGAGCUUAUCAGCAAGUCUGUUGAUGGCGGAAAGGCGAAGCUGGUCUUCAAGCUCGAGAAUGACGAGGAGAAAACGAUUGAGGUCUCAGAGGAGGCUCUCACCAAGGGCAACGAUCCUGCCCUACCACCGUUGAUGAAUCCCGCCAUGCUCGAAGCGAGCGAUGAUUUGACGAAUCUUUCACAUCUCAACGAGCCGGCCGUGCUCCAAGCGAUCCGGCUCCGAUAUAUGCAGAAAGAGAUCUAUACUUACUCUGGUAUCGUGCUCAUCGCCACCAACCCGUUUGCCCGCGUCGAUUCUCUAUAUGUCCCGGGCAUGGUUCAGGUGUACGCCGGAAGGCAGCGUGCGACACAAGCCCCCCAUCUGUUUGCCAUUGCAGAAGAGGCUUUUAUCGACAUGAUCCGCGACAAGAAGAACCAGACGAUCGUUGUGUCUGGUGAGUCGGGUGCAGGAAAGACUGUCAGCGCCAAGUAUAUUAUGCGAUACUUUGCGACACGAGAGUCUCCCGACAACCCGAGCGGCCGGACCAAGCGUGGGAACGAAUCCAUGAGCGAGACAGAGGAGCAGAUUCUUGCGACCAACCCCAUCAUGGAGGCCUUUGGUAACGCAAAGACCACAAGGAACGACAAUUCCUCGCGAUUUGGAAAGUACAUCGAGAUCAUGUUCGAUGAGGCAACCAACAUUAUUGGGGCCAAGAUCCGUACAUACUUGCUGGAGCGUUCGCGUCUCGUUUUCCAGCCGCUGAAGGAGCGCAACUACCACAUUUUCUAUCAACUCGUUGCCGGUGCUUCGGAUGAACAGCGCGAGGAACUCAAUAUACUACCCGUGGACCAGUUCGAAUACCUCAACCAGGGGCAGUCACCGACAAUCGACGGCGUUGACGACAAGGCGGAAUUUGAGGCAACGAAAAAGUCAUUAACCACAGUUGGUGUGCCAGAAGAUCAGCAGCACUCGAUCUUCAGGAUUCUUGCUGCUCUCUUGCAUUUGGGCAAUGUCAAGAUCACAGCAUCCCGAAACGACAGUGUCCUUGCACCCAACGAGCCCUCGUUGGAGAAGGCUUGCGACAUUUUAGGCGUUAACGCCGCUGAUUUCGCAAAAUGGAUCGUCAAGAAGCAACUCAUCACACGUGGUGAGAAGAUCACGUCCAACUUGAACCAGGCUCAAGCCAUCGUCGUGCGAGACUCGGUAGCAAAGUUCAUCUACUCCAGCCUGUUUGACUGGCUCGUGGACGUAAUCAACCAAAGUCUUGCCACCGAGGAAGUUCUGAGCCGCGUUGUCUCGUUCAUUGGCGUGCUGGAUAUCUACGGUUUUGAGCACUUUGCCAAAAAUUCGUUUGAACAAUUCUGCAUCAACUACGCCAACGAGAAGCUCCAGCAGGAGUUCAACCAGCACGUGUUCAAACUUGAGCAGGAAGAGUACCUCCGAGAGCAGAUUGACUGGACAUUCAUCGACUUUUCGGACAAUCAGCCUUGCAUCGACUUGAUUGAAGGCAAGAUGGGUAUUCUGUCCCUUCUGGACGAAGAAUCGCGCCUGCCCAUGGGUUCGGAUGAGCAGUUCGCCAUGAAGCUCCACAACAACUUUGGUGACACCAAGCACAAGUUCUUUAAGAAGCCUCGCUUCGGGAAGUCCGCCUUCACCGUAUGCCAUUAUGCUGUGGAUGUCACCUAUGAAUCCGAUGGGUUCAUUGACAAGAACCGCGACACUGUGCCUGAUGAGCAGCUUUCCGUGCUGCGCGCUACCUCAAACGAGUUCUUGAAGACAGUCCUCGACGCCGCCGCAGCAGUGCGCGAAAAGGAUGUCGCUUCGUCGUCGUCGUCCAGUGCUGUUAAGCCCGCUGCUGGUAGGAAGAUUGGCGUGGCUGUCAACCGGAAGCCAACACUGGGAGGCAUUUUCAGGUCGUCACUUAUCGAGCUCAUGCACACCAUCAACAACACGGACGUCCAUUACAUCCGUUGCAUCAAGCCUAAUGAGGCCAAGGAGGCGUGGAAGUUUGAAGGUCCCAUGGUGCUGAGUCAGUUGCGUGCCUGCGGUGUACUGGAAACUGUGCGCAUCAGUUGUGCGGGUUACCCGACGAGAUGGACAUAUGAAGAGUUUGCUCUUCGUUAUUACAUGCUCGUUCAAUCCAGUGGAUGGACGUCUGAAAUCCGUCAAAUGGCUGAUGCUAUCCUCUCCAAGGCGCUGGGGACCAGUUCCGAGAAGGGCAUGGACAAGUACCAGCUCGGCCUGACGAAGAUCUUCUUCCGUGCCGGUAUGCUCGCCUUCCUUGAGAACUUGCGCACAAACCGUUUGAACGAAUGCGCCAUCAUGAUACAGAAGAAUCUGAAGGCCAAGUACUACAGGCGUCGCUACCUGGAGGCCCGUGAGGCCAUUGUUCAGACUCAAUCUGCUGUGAGGGCAUUUAUCGCCCGAAGACAGGCUCGAGAGCUGCGCACCAUCCGGGCUGCUACGACCAUACAGCGUGUCUGGCGCGGUCAGAAGCAGCGCAAGGCGUACCUCGUCAUUCGCAAGGAUCUGAUCGUUUUCGAGUCCGUUGCAAAGGGCUACCUGCGCAGGAAGCAAAUCAUGGAAGCGAGGGUUGGUAAUGCUGCCCUCAUCAUCCAGAGGGCUUGGAGAUCGAGAAGUGCGCUGCAGACAUGGAGGCAAUAUCGCAGGAAGGUUUGUCUGGUCCAGAGUCUGUGGCGUGGUCGCCAGGCUCGCAAGGAGUACAAGGGCAUGCGAGAAGAGGCUCGUGAUUUGAAGCAGAUCUCAUACAAGCUGGAGAACAAGGUGGUGGAGCUGACUCAAGCCCUGGGCUCGAUGAAGGAGAAGAACAAGAAUCUGGCGUCACAGGUGGACAACUAUGAGAGCCAAAUCAAAUCGUGGAAGAGCCGGCACAACGCACUCGAGGCCAGGACGAAAGAGCUGCAGACGGAGGCCAACCAGGCCGGUAUCGCCGUCGCUCGUCUACAGGCAAUGGAGGACGAGAUGAAGAAGCUCCAGUCUGCAUUUGACGAAUCGACAGUCAAUAUCAAGCGAAUGCAAGAAGAGGAGCGCGAGCUCAGGGAGUCACUGCGUCUGUCCAGCACUGAGCUGGAGGAUGCUAAACGCAUCAGUGGGCAACACGAGAAGGACAAUACCAGUCUGCGGCAGGAGCUGGAAGCACUUCGCGACGCACUGGAGCUCGCCAAAAGGAACGCUCCUGUCAAUGGCGAGCUUACAAAUGGCGCUGCCCCAGCUGCGCCGGUUGGCGCCGGCCUUAUCAACCUGGUAGCCUCCAAGAAGCCUAAGCGUCGCAGCGCUGGCGCCGAGCCCAUCCAGGCCGAUCGGAUGAGUGGAGCGUACAAUCCUCGACCGGUAUCUAUGGCUGUGACUGGCACUGCGCAUCGCCAGAACUUGUCUGGCACAACAUUCACGCCCGGCCUUGACAAUGUCGAGAUGGAGCUUGAGGGUCUACUGGCAGAUGAAGACGGUCUGAACGAGGAAGUCACCAUGGGUCUGAUUCGCAACUUGAGGAUCCCCUCGCCCAACACGACACCUCCUCCUUCUGACAAGGAAGUGUUGUUCCCCUCUUACCUGAUCAACUUGGUCACGUCCGAGAUGUGGAACAACGGCUUCGUGAAGGAGUCGGAACGCUUCCUCGCCAAUGUGAUGCAGUCGAUCCAGCAAGAGGUCAUGCAGCACGAUGGCGACGACGCUGUCAACCCAGGCGCUUUCUGGCUGUCUAAUGUGCACGAGAUGUUGUCGUUUGUAUUCUUGGCCGAAGACUGGUACGAGACCCAGAAGACGGACAACUAUGAGUACGAUCGCCUCCUGGAGAUUGUCAAGCACGACCUGGAGAGUCUCGAGUUCAACAUCUACCACACAUGGAUGAAGGUCCUCAAGAAGAAGCUGCAUAAGAUGGUCAUUCCGGCGAUCAUCGAGUCGCAAUCUCUGCCAGGCUUCAUCACCAAUGAGAGCAGUCGCUUCCUUGGCAAACUGCUGCAGUCCAACUCGGCCCCGGCGUACAGCAUGGACAACUUGUUGAGUUUGCUGAACAACGUCUUCAGGGCUAUGAAAGCGUACUACUUGGAGGACGCCAUCAUCACCCAAACAGUGACCGAGCUUCUGCGCCUCGUCGGCGUCACAGCAUUCAACGACCUCUUGAUGCGCCGCAACUUCCUGUCCUGGAAGCGAGGCCUGCAAAUCAAUUAUAACAUCACCCGUAUCGAGGAGUGGUGCAAGAGUCACGACAUGCCCGAGGGCACGCUUCAGUUGGAGCAUCUUAUGCAGGCUACGAAGCUGCUGCAGCUGAAGAAGGCAACACUGAAUGACAUUGAGAUUAUCCAGGACAUUUGCUGGAUGUAAGUUCUCAACCACACAACUCGCAUUUGGACUUAUGCUAACAAGACAGGCUUUCACCCUCACAGAUUCAGAAGUUGCUCAACCAAUACCUGGUGGCCGAUUACGAGCAGCCCAUCAAUGGCGAGAUCAUGAAGGCCGUUGCU